AUGACUCGUACUCGAGAUGGCACGGGGCGUUUGAAGUCAAUGACGGAACAUCGCAGGAAACGAAUAACAAUGUACCAUAUUGGAAUUGGGCUAACUCAGAUAAACAACUUUUUGUCAGUGUUAAAUCUUCCAAUGCCUGCAUCCAAGACAGUACAGAGGAGAUGUGAGGAAGUUGGCUCUACACUUGAGAGGUUGGCUUGUGAGUCAACUGAUAAAGCCCUCCAAAGAGAAGUUGAAUUGUCAACUGAAGUUUCACCACUUUUGAUGUGUGCUGAUCAAUCCACUGGAAUUUCAGUAACAGCCAGUCCUGAUCAAACUGUCAACAUUGGUGCUCCUGCCCAAGUUUCACCACUUUUGAUGUGUGCUGAUCAAUCCACUGGAAUUUCAGUAACAGCCAGUCCUGAUCAAACUGUCAACAUUGGUGCUCCUGCCCAAGGUGAAUUUCCAGAAACAGCUACUUUACCAGUGGAAAAGUCAACAAAAUCAAGAACUGAUUAUCAUGAAAUAACAGCAUCAGCAGAUGGAACAUACCAAAGACGUGGAUCAGGGAGAUGCCACAAUAGUCUUUCAGGUGCUGCUUCUCUCAUCGGUAAGAGAACAGGAAAAGUAAUAGCCUACACCGCUCGUUACAAAAGAUGCAGGAUUUGCGACAUGGCAAAGGUGCAAAAGAGACAACCAAGACAGCAUAGAUGUAGAAAGAACUGGAGAGCCUCUGCAAAAGCAAUGGAGCCAGACAUGGUUGUAGAGAUGUUGAAAUCCACUAAGGAGAAAAAAGCUGUGGUGACGACUUUGAUUGGGGAUGAUGACACAACGGCGUUUAACAGAGCAAGACAGGAAGUUUGCUCCACGAUGGAGAAAGUGUCAGACAAGAAUCAUGUCAAGAAAAAUAUUUCUUCUCAACUUUACAAGCUGAAGCCAAAGUAUAAAGAACUAUCAGUUAAAACGAUAAAUGCUCUAAUGAAAGGCUUUAGUUACAUGAUAUCGCAGGCAAAGGGGAACAAGGAUUAUAUUAAGGAACGACUACAGUCAGUUGUGUUACACCAGUUUGGAGAUCAUAGCCAUUGCAAGACUUGGUGUUUUAUUUCUAAGGAUCCUACCAGGAAGCACAAAAACUUACCCUGGGGAGUCGAUCUCACUGAUGUCAAUUUAAAGCACUCACUGUUAGCAGUUUUCAACAACCUGGACCCUGAGAAGUUGUGCAAGCUUGAUAGUAGUAACAGCAAUGAAAGUUUUAACAACACACUAAGAUCUAAAGCCCCAAAAGACAAACAUUACAGUGAUGGAGGGAGUUUGGCUCAUCGGUUAUCAGCUGCUGUGUGCCAGAAAAAUGAGGGAUAUGGAUAUGUUUCUACGGUUCAUAAGAAGCUUGGACUAAGUCCAGGAGAAUCAAGCUGUUUGUGA